AUGACAAGCGAUGAUGAGUUCUUUUUCGACUAUGUAAGCUUCCCCGAGACACGGGCCCCCGCUUCCACAAGUGGAGACAAACCGCUCACGCAUUCAGAAGUUGUCCUGGAUUCCGAACGAUAUUACAUCGACCGUCAUAUUGACCAUGCAGCCUCGAACGUGCGAGAUGCGCUAUCCCGGCAGUUCUGGCUUCCGACAUAUCUAAGACCUCCCUCGAGGUCCAGUCAAAGAAUUCCAUAUUCAUCGCCUCCAGAGACCCCGACCAAUUGUAUAUAUGACUGGGCAUUAGAUCACCGCGCAUGGACGGCUGCAUUAUUGGCAUUUAUCGGGACUGGAGGUCUCUUAAUUUACGGCGCGAGAAAAUUCAAAAUCAAAAAGCGGAAAGCGAGGAAGGCCAGUAACGGCGCCCGGAAAGAAAUAGUUGUUAUUUCGGGCUCGGCGCACGAUGCCAUUACGAGGUCCAUUGCUUGUGACCUCGAACGAAGAGGCUUUAUAGUCUUCAUCACCGUCACAUCCUCCGAAGAAGAACAUGUUGUGGAAAAUGAGGCCCGAGAAGAUAUACGGUCUCUCUGGCUGGAUCUAGCUAAUUCCUUAAUCACCAACCCGCAAGCGCCUAUGCCCGGUGUUCCUCCGCAUACUUGUCAAUUGACUGGGCUCAUCGUAGUCCCUUCAUUGAAAUAUCCCACUGGUCCUGUUGCCACUAUCCCAGCAUCGAGCUGGGCAGACACCAUCAACACUCGCCUAUUGUACCCAAUACUUACAGCGCAAUUAUUCCUCCCUCUUCUUACUAUCAAACACAAUACUAGUUCCAUAGUACUUGUAACCCCUUCUAUUCAAUCCUCUCUCUCAUCUCCUUUCGCAAGCCCCGAGGUUGCUGUAACAAGAGCCCUGUCCGGUUUCGCCGCUAGUCUGCGGCAAGAAUUGCACCUUCUAGAGAAUGGCCACAACGCUAUUGAUGUUAUUGAACUCAAGCUCGGAAAUUUGGAUUUUGGCCGUCAAUUCCGCAAUACCAGCGGGCAAAACAAAGGCACUGAAGUUCUUACUUGGCAGCCACACCAACGUGCACUUUACGGUUCACCGUACCUAUCAAGUAUCGACUAUCGCCUGGGAAGGCCAGCAGGGACCGGGAGCUCGCAUAGAACGCCGGCUAAAGAGUUACAUUUUGCCGUUUUUGAUGCUCUGGCACCACGUCAAAGGAAUAUUUUUGGGCAGCGAAAGAGGAAGCAAGAGGUAGUCUAUGUCGGCCGGGGAUCCAGAGCAUACGCAAUGGCUGGGAGCAUUAUGCCCAAUGUUCUAAUCGGCUGGAUGCUUGGCCUACGUACAGGAUAUUCAGCUUUCUCUUCUGAUGCGGGUUUUGAUGAUGGCAACGGUUACUGGAGCGAGCCGGCGUGGGAAAAGGUCUCCUAG